GUGCAGCCUCGAACUCCUGGACUCAAGCGAUCCUCCCUCCUCAGCCUCCCAAGUUGCUGGGACCACAGGCAGGUACCACCAGGCCUGUCUCCACAUCGCCCAGUUUUAUUUAGUUUUGUGAGAAGAGGUUUCUGUCAGGGUCUGUGUUCUGGAGAGGGGCUGGGGCAGCCCCCUUCAAACACUGCAAGCUGCUUGAGAACCAGGGGCCGGGGUUCUGGAGACUGCUGCACCAUCAGUCAGUCGGAACAGUCCCCUGGCUGGUCCCCUGCCUUUGAGGCUCCUUCCUACUCACCACUCCCAGGCAGGCUGGGGCCACGUGGCCCUGUCCCGCCCUUGCUGGCUCUAGUCCCUGACUUGGAACCGCAGUGGCCUGCUUUCGCCCGCCCUUCUCAUCAGCGGGGAAGCCUGGAUUGUGGGCUGGGGACAGCCACAGCCUCUCCCACCUGGCACCCACUGCCCGCAGCCCCUAGGCACACGCUCCGGACCCUGGAGCCCCUUAAAGCCACCAGCAAACUGUAGAAGACUGGGUCCUGGCACGUGAACAGAGCCAGAUUUCACACUGAGCAGCUGCAGUCGGAGAAAUCAGAGAAAGCGCCACCCGGCCCCAGAUUCCAAGGGGCCUGCCGGGGACUGUCUCCUCCUCGGGAAGGGAGACCCGGAGGCUGCAUCUCAGACCAGCUCCCGGGUGCCAUGGGGCUCUCCGCCGCCGCCCCCCGGCUGUCCUCCGUGCUGCCAGGCAGAUAAGGGCGGCCGCUGCCCCAGGACCACCUGCCCUCUCUGCUGCCUGGCUGCUCCUGCAGGGCCAGCCCUUCUCCGACUUGGUGGCCACCUUUGCCGACCCGAGGCCAUGUAGGCCCCGCUCGGGCCUCUGUGGACACACCGCUGGGGACAGCGCCUCUGCUCUCUGGGGACCCCAGCGCACCACCAUGCCCCGGGGCUUUGCCUGGCUACGCUAUCUUGGCAUCCUCCUUGGUAUGGCGCUGGAGGGUUUGGAGGUGUGGUCCCUGACCCAGAGGGAGGAGUGCGCCGUCACCGGCUUUCUACGGGACAAGCUGCAGUACAAGAACCGGCUUCAGUACAUGAAACACUACUUCCCCAUCAACUACACGAUCAGCGUGCCUUACGAGGGGGUGUUCCGCAUCGCCAACGUCACCAGGCUGCGGAGGGCCCGGGUGAGCGAGCGAGAGCUGCGGUGUCUGUGGGUCCUGGCGAGUCUCAGCGCCGCUGAGUCGGCGCAGGACGUGCUGUUCAAGGACCACCCGUCCUGGCAGUACCUGCAGGAGGUACAGACGCUGCUGCUGGACGUCCGGCAGGGCCUCAGGGAUGUGGAGGACAGCCCCAAGGUGGAAGCGAUGUUGUCUGUCCUGCACACCCCCGGGCUGAGCCUGAAGCUGGUGCGGCCCAAAGCCCUGUUGGACAACUGCUUCCGGGUCAUGGAGCUGCUGUACUGCUCCUGCUGUAAACAAAGCUCCGUCCUAAACUGGCAGAAGUGCGCGACGCGGAGUCCCCAGCCCUCACCGCAGUGUGACGCCACCUGGUUGUACCCCCCGCCGCGGCAGCCCCAUGCCCUGGGCGAAGGUCGCCUGCCCUGAGCCGCCUGUGUGGGGACCCUGCCAGGGCUAUGAGGUGUGUUACCACGUCCUGCUGGGCCUGAGACUUCCAGAAGUGGGAACCCCCGGUGAGAGGACCCUAGGAAAGGGUCUUUCCUUCCACGGAGAGCCUGUGCCAGAGCCGUGCUGUGCUUCCUGCCCUCCGUACCUGUCGUGGUCACACCGGGAAUGGCUGGAGGCUGAGGGGUCCUGCAGGUGGCAUGGCCCUGCCCAAGGGGGUGCUGAAUGUGUCCUCAAGGUACACCUGGGCGGUGGGUGGGGGUGCCAGGGGAGACAAGUGCCACAUCUUGCCACAAGGGAUGCUCUACCAGCUCCUUUUAUUUUUUUCUAUUAAACACCCCGCUUUAUUUUG